AUGAGUCGCGUCAACCCAAAACAAAGAAAGCUUGCCAAGUACCGCCGCAUGGCCUGCUUGGCCAUUGCCCUCCACCUUCCUUUCAAGUCCUCUCUCAUCAACAUGUACACCGCACUUGCUUGGUCUCGAUACAGGAAGAGGCCCAAAGCAUAUGGCCACCUCCAUGAUUGUGACUGGCAACAAACCAUCGACAAAAUCCAUGCUACAGCUAGAAAGAAUUUUACCAACACAACGGAUUUUCACCAGAGAUUCCGUCUCACGCCAAGUGAGUUCACAGGGCUCUUGGAACUCAUAAAGCACCACCCGAUCUUCCAUACUGGUGGACCCUGCAAGCAGGCGCCACCAAUGUACCAGCUCUCGGUCGCAUUGUACCGUCUGGGUCACAAUGGUAGUGGUGCCAACAUGAACGGUGUCAGCCAUACUUUUGGAGUUUCUGAGGGCACAGCAACCUUGUGGACCAAACAUGUUGUGGUUGCUAUAAUCUCCCUUGAGAAGCAGGCAAUGCGCUGGCCAGACUUGGCUACCAGGGCUGCCCUUGUCAAGAAGUUUGUGGAGGAGGGGAUCCCUGGAGGGUGUGUGGGCGUUGUGGACGGAGUCAUGAUUCCGUUCUACCAAACCCCAGCUUGUACAGACGCUGCUGAUUUCUUUUCCCACAAGUCCAGAUACGGAUAUUCUGUCCUAGCGGUUUGCGACGCAGAUAAACGGAUCGUGUACGCUCAGUACAACUUUCCCGGAUCAUGCCAUGAUGCUCAAGUAUUCAACGCGUCAGGCCUCAUCCAGAACGCCGCACAGCACUUCACCCCUGGACAGUACCUCCUGGGGGACUCUGCUUUCCCUGCUGGGGACUACUGCGUGCCAAUCAUCAAGCUCCAGUGUAAUGCACAGCACCUUGAGCCACCCGGGUGUUUACAAGGUUUAUGUGUGCGGAUGAAGAACGAGACGGACGAGGCUAUCGCCACUGGCAUGAUCCGCGCGUGCUUCAUCCUUCACAACCUUUACAUUGCUACAGGAGAUUGGUACCGCCAGGACAACAACCAUGACCCUUUGACUGACGCAGAGAGAUGGGAGUUGGAGCAAGAUCGGGCGCAAUGGGUCCAGAACAGGGGGGCAGGCAAUGGGGCAGGUGAAGAAGAACAAGGAGAAGUCAUUGAGCUGAUGGGUCUUGGGACUCACACUCGACACAGGGUGAUGAGGGAGAUGGGGUUGGAGCUAACAGUGCGGCGUCAGGCGAGGGGCCGACAGGCGAGGCGAUGA